AUGGCAAAGCAGGUCUCCCAUGGCUCGUAUCACCAAACCAAUAACUGGUUUAGACGCAAAGCCAGCGCCAAUAAUGGCAGCUUUUUCAUCUCAAGGGCCAAAUCCCGUUAUGCCGGAAAUUCUCAAGCCGGAUAUCACGACCCAGGAGUUAGUAUCAUAGCCGCGUUCACCGAAUUAGUGGGACCGACAGGCCAAGACUAUGACACCCGACGUGUGCAGUUCAAUUCUAUGUCGGGUACUUCAAUGUCUUGCCCACACGUUGCUGGGGUCCUCGGCCUCUUGAAGAAGCUCUACCCAAAAUGGAGCCCGGCUGCCAUUAAGUCUGCCAUCAUGACCACUGCAAGUACACUCGACAACACNAACACUUAGAAACCAAUCACCAACAACAGCAACUCGACAGCUACGCUGUUCAAUUAUGGAGGAGGACACAUUGAGCCGAACCGGGCAAUGGACCCUGGACUCGUUAACGAUGUAGGAACAUUAGAUUACCUCAACUUGUUAUGCGCACUUGGUUAUAAACAAACGCAGAUUAAGUUAUUCUGAAACAAAUCAUUCACUUGUCCCAAGCCAAAUAUUAGACUCAUCGACUUCAACUACCCCUCGAUCACAGUUCCAUUCCACAAGGGCCCAGUCACCGUGACAAGGAAGGUAAAAAAUGUAGGUCCAUCGGGCACUUACAAAGCCUCUGUUUGUACCCAGAUGGAAUAUCAGUAAAAAUUGAGCCGGAUAAGCUGGAAUUUAAUUUGGUUGGGGAGGAGAAAGGAUUCAACAUUACAAUACAGCCUAAAAAAUAUGGUGGUAGCAAAGAUUAUGAAUUUGGGAAGUUGACAUGGUCGACUAACUGUCAGCGUAGAGUGACGAUUUCAAUUGUUGUUAAGCAGAUAUAGAAGAAAAUCAGCUUUUCUGGAGUUUGGAGUCCACACAAGGCGUGUUCUCAAACAUAUCAAUUGACUAUCUCAUGGUCUAUCUAUUGGAUUUUCUUUUUCUUAUUUCAUUUUCAUAUCACGAAUGGUUGCGUCUACAAAAGCAGAAAAAGUGUUGGCGCGCUGAAUGUUUUAAUUUCUUUUCCAAAAUAAUUUAAUACUACGUACUAGUCAUUUUCAAUACCAUCUUACUUGUUCGAACAAACGAAUACACUAUAUCGGGUGCUGAUAUGUAUGUAAAUUAAAAUUUGAGGAAGUAAAAAUGCAUUUUUACAAAUAAUCUCAGUUAAUAAAAUUUGCAAAAGCUAAUCAGAAAUGAACUAUCAAGAUAGCAUCACACUCUCUCUCUUCAGAAUUCUUUCAUUACAUAAGUCUAUGAUUCAAGAGUUCCGUAAAAAGCAUAAAAUUUUAAAUUGUCAUAUGUUGGAGUUAUGCCAGUUAUUUUAAUCCAAAAA